UGGACUUGAGGUGGUCUCCAUACAUUUUCACAAAAAAAAAAAGAAAAAGAAAAAAUUGUGAUGCGAUAAACCCUAGUUUUAUCGAUCCCAUCACUCUGUUCGUCGCCACCGCCGCCACCGCCGCAGCGCCGCCGCCACCCCCUUCUCCUCGCCCUCAGUUCUGGGAUCGGUCGUUAAUAAAUUCUGAAGAAUGUUGGCAAAAGGAAGGAAAGUCGUUUCGAGGGGCGAAGAGAUGGCCGCGCACUAUGCGUUCGGCCCCCUCGAAGACGACGUGAUUAUCAAACACCGGCUUCUGACUCGCACCACCACCACGAGGGGCGAACCGCCGUUGAAGAAGCUUCAGAAGAAGUUCAUGUCUUUCGCCCAAGAGAUCGAGAAGGACGCCGACAACGUCGCUGAUUGCGAGAGAUUACACAAAGCCUUUUUACAUGAGAUGAGCAGUUUCGAGCUCCCCCUUCUGAAAAGCAAAGUUGUGGUGGAUGCGAACAUUAGAGAGAAGGAGAGCUUCAACGGGCUUAAGGAAGAGAUUCAGACGCAAAUAUUGCAAGCGCAGGUCGAUAUCGAGGACUUGAAGAAGCUGCUCGAGGAGAGCAAGAUCGAGCGGCAGCAUAAAGAAGAGUGCGAGGCGAUCAGGAAGCUGAUCGCGUCGCAGCCCCCGCGGUCGGAGACGCAGAAGCUCAUCGCGGAUCUCGAGAAGGAAAUGGCUUCUCUGGAAGCCGAGAGCGCCGCUUGUGUGCGGACUUUGGAGCUUAGGAAGAAGCAAUUUUCUCUUCUGCUCCACGUGAUCGAGGAACUGCAAAAUAUUGUGGAGGAUGAGCCGAAGAGCGUCGAGGAACAGAAGACGAGCGUCGAAGAAGGUAGCAGCGGCGGUACCGAAGCCAUGGCUGUGGACUGAAUAUGUGUAGAAGAGUUUUUAAACCUUUCGGUCUCGUCGCUGGAAAUUUAGCACUGCUGUAGAUGUUGCAUGAUGUAAACCUGACUCUGUCGCGCAACGAAUGUAUUGAAUUUUCGCUUUAGAUGCUAUCAGUUUGAUGAUUAGCCUCAGUUUUGUGGAAAAAUGUGUGUGUUCUUGUCGCGCUGUUCCUCUAAUUUUGAUGCUGCUUACUACAUUGUGUGAAAUGGAUUAUUGUUGUUACCUCUAAACAAAAGUGUUUAGGGGAAAAGAGGGAAGCAUCUUAGUUCAAUAAAAUGGCACAAGAGUUGUAUAUUCCAUACAA